AUGGGUAAUGUAACACUGUUUACAAAGAAGCAUGGUGUUGUGCGAGGUGAGGAAGAUGCUGAGACGGUAUACGCUUGUAUCGACUUGGUAUCAACGAUAAUACAGAGGAAACUUAGGAAGAUCAAGGAGAAGGACUCAGACCAUGGAAGACACAUGAAAGGUUUCAACAGUUUGAAGAUUAUGCGUACCAAGUACUUUGAGAUGCCAGCAUUGACUCUGGAGUUAGUAGCUCAUGAUUUCUACGGCUUCCUGAAUGAAGAAACAGGUGAGAUAAACAUCGUGUACAAGAGAAGAGAAGGAGGGUAUGGUCUGAUAAUCCCUAAGAAAGAUGGCAAUGCUGAGAAAGUUGAGCCGCUUCCAACAGAGCAAUUGAAUGAACACUCUUUUGCUGAGUAG